GUGCGGGAGGAGGGGACGCUCCGCCUGUCACAUACGCCCUCUAUCGGCCACACAUCGAGCGCACAGCCGCUGCUCUGUGGAGCUGCCGGACCACUCAAUCCACGCGUAAUUCCGGAAUCAGGACUCACUCACACAUUCCUCCUCCAAGUGUGGAGCAAGCCGGCAAGAAGCAGCCGUGUUCGGCAACAGAGUCCCCUCACAGCUCGACAGCAAGCCCAGGGACGGAGGAGAGGGAGAAGACACUUUAGAUUCAACACUCCCCAAAAGUGUAUCGGAUUCAAGUUGCGUUAAAAGACAGAAGAGUUGCCAGUUAACCCCGCGGCUGGGGGUUAACGCUACCACGGCUGUGUCGACAUGGAUAAAGUUAUCAAUUGCUUGUUUGCUGCAAUAACCCUGCUGUUGUCUGCACAAGGGGAAGUUUUUAAAGGCGAUUGUAACUUUGAGAAGCCGCUGGCAGCAUGUGGGUACAGCCAAGGCAGAGACGAUGACCUUGACUGGGAGCAGGCCAAUACCAGAGAGAAGCCUUCUUCAGAUCCAUGGAUGCCCUCAGGUUCAGCCUUCAUGAUGAUGAAUACGUCGGGACGCUUUGCAGGGCAGAAGGCUCUGCUGCUGACACCCCAGCUGAGGGAGAAUGACACUCACUGCGUUACCUUCCACUACUACAUAGGAGGCCGAGACAACAGCCACCCAGGACACCUAAACGUCUAUAUCAAGGAAAACAACAGUCCCAUGGGGAUGCCAGUGUGGAACGUGUCCGGUUCGGCCACACGCUCCUGGGGACAGGUGGAGCUGGCCGUCAGCACCUACUGGCCCAACUUCUACCAGAUUGUGUUUGAAGCUGUAACCUCAGGGCAGCGUGGUUUGCUGGCCAUCAAAGACGUCGUGGUCCAGGGCCACCAGUGCAUGAACACACCUCACUUCCUGACCAUAAAGGGAGUGGAGGUCAACGCUGGACAGACGGCAUCUUUUCACUGCACUGUCAAUGGCCGCAAAAGGGAUAAUUUCCGCCUCUGGCUUCAGGGCAUCGGUGGACGGGAGGCUCCGAUGAAAGCCACAAAACCUUGGAACAACCGGCGCUUCAUUGGCACUUUUGAUGUAGAGAACACAACCAAGGGCGACUCGGGCCGCUACCGCUGCAUCGUCCACUCAGACAAAGGGGUUGGAGUGUCCAAUUAUGGCGAACUAACCAUAAAACAGCCCCCAGUGCCGAUUGCACCGCCCCAGCUGACUGCCGUCGGAGCCACCUACCUUUGGAUCCAGCUGAACGCCAACUCCAUCAACGGGGAUGGCCCCAUCAUCGACAGGGAGGUGGAGUACCGCACCGUUUCUGGCACCAUGUACGACCUGCAGCCCGUAGACAAGACCACACACAAGAUCGGCCACCUGGAUCCUGACACAGAGUACGAGAUCAGUGUUCUGCUGACCAGACCUCUGGAGGGAGGCACCGGAGCCCCCGGACCCCCUCUGAGGGCCAGGACCAGAUGUGCAGAGCCCAUGCACGGCCCACAAAAGCUGGAAGUGGUGGACAUCCAAUCCAAACAGGUGACGCUGCGCUGGGUGCCUCUGGGCUACAACGUGACCCGCUGCUACAGCUACAACCUGACCGUCCAGUAUCGCUCCAAGGUGGCCGGCAAGGAGGAGACCCGCGAGGAAGUGGUGUAUGACACCCAGAGCCGCGAUCCUCAGCACACCAUCCACAACUUGACGCCCUUCACCAACCUCAGUGUCAAGAUGGUGCUGCGCAAUCCAGAGGGGGUCAAGGAGAGCACGGAGCUGGAGGUCCAGACUGAUGAGGAUGUGCCAGGGGCUAUUCCCCUGGAGUCCAUUCAGGGCAGUGCCUACGAGGAGAAGAUCAUCCUGAAGUGGAGAGAGCCGGCGCAAACCUACGGGAUCAUCAUUCAGUUUGAGAUCUCCUACAAGGCUGUGAGCUCCUUUGACCCCGAGCUUGACCUCUCCAACCAGAGUGGGAAAGUAGUGAAGUUGGGCAACGAGACCACCCACAUGUUCACAGGCCUCUACCCCGGCUCUACGUACUCCUUCACCCUGCGCGCUAGCACAGCCAAGGGCUACGGCCCCCCUAUCAUCACCCAGUUCACCACCAAGAUUUCAGCUCCUUCCAUGCCGGCAUAUGACCAGGAGACCUCUCUGAACCAAACGGACAGCACCGUCACUGUUCUGCUGAAACCUGCCCAGAGCAGAGGGGCACCCGUCAGUGCGUACCAGGUGGUGGUGGAGGAGGAACGUCCACGCAGAGCACGAGGCACAGCAGAAAUCCUCCGCUGCUACCCAGUUCCCAUUCACUUCCAGAACGCCACGCUCCUAAACUCCCAGUACUACUUCACCGCUCAGUUCCCCGCAGGCGGCAUCCACUCGCCCCAACCCUUCACUGUGGGGGACAACAAGACCUACAACGGCUACUGGAACGCCCCUCUGCUGCCACAGAAAAGCUACAGCGUCUACUACCAGGCUGUCAGCACUGCCAACGGGGAGACUAAAAUCGACUGUGUUCGAGUAGCCACCAAAGCCGCCAUACUUGUGACUCAGCUCACAACGCCGUACAUCCGCAUCGCCCCAGCAGCCGGGGACAGCCAACUAACAGGAGCAGCCACGCACAAACCUGACGCGGUGGAGCCGGAGAAACAAACAGACCACACGGUGAAGAUUGCCGGAGUCAUCGCCGGCAUCCUCCUCUUCGUCAUCAUCUUCUUAGGAGUAGUGCUCCUCAUGAAGAAAAGAAGAACCUAUCACUCCUACACUUACUACCUGAAAUUGGCCAAGAAGCGUAAGGAGACUUUGAACAGCACCCGCCAGGAGAUGACAGUGAUGGUCAACUCCAUGGACAAGAGCUACACGGAGCAGGGCACCAACUGUGACGAGGCACUGUCCUUCAUGGACACACACAACCACACGCUGAACACACGCAGCGAGUGUGCGCUCACACUCAACGGCCGCAGCGAGUGUGCGCUCACACUCAACGGCCGCAGCGAGUGUGCGCUCACACUGAAUGGACGGAGUGAAUGCGCGCUAACGCUCAACGGGCGCAGCGAGUGUGCGCUCACUCUCAACGGGCGAGCCGGAUCAUCACCCUCCUCCUUCACGCUGCCUAAAGCCAACACUCUCACUACUUCAAUCCCCACCAACUCCUACUACCCAGAUCCCUUUGUGCCAACUGCUAUCUUAGACGAGAGCCAGAACAUGGGUAGCGACACCAGCAGCCUGGUGCAGUCGCACACUCACUCCCUGAGGAAGCGCGAGCCGGUGGAUGUGCCGUAUCAGACGGGUAAGCUGCACCCGGCCAUCCGCGUGGCAGACCUCCUGCAGCACAUCACCCAGAUGAAAUGCUCCGAGGGCUACGGCUUCAAGGAGGAGUACGAGAGCUUUUUUGAAGGACAGUCUGCGCCAUGGGACUCUGCCAAGAAGGAUGAGAACCGCAUGAAGAACCGAUAUGGGAAUAUUAUUGCAUAUGAUCACUCCCGUGUCAGGCUGCAGGCCCUGGAGGGGGAACAGAGCUCCGAUUACAUUAAUGCAAAUUACGUUGAUGGCUACCACAGACCAAAUCACUACAUCGCCACUCAAGGCCCCAUGCAGGAGACGGUGUUUGACUUUUGGAGGAUGGUGUGGCAGGAGAACACGGCGGCGAUCGUCAUGGUGACCAACCUGGUGGAAGUGGGCAGGGUGAAGUGCUGUAAGUACUGGCCCGAUGACACUGAGAUCUACAGAGACAUCAAGGUGACGCUGAUAGAGACUGAGCUGCUGUCAGAGUAUGUCAUCAGGACCUUCGCUGUGGAGAAGAGAGGGGCUCAUGAGAUUCGGGAAAUCCGACAGUUUCACUUCACGGGGUGGCCGGACCACGGGGUUCCCUAUCACGCCACGGGCCUGCUGGGAUUCAUUAGGAGAGUCAAGUCCAAGACUAUGACCAACGCUGGGCCCAUGGUGGUUCACUGCAGUGCCGGGGCGGGACGGACAGGCUGCUUCAUCGUCAUCGACAUCAUGCUGGACAUGGCGGAGAGAGAGGGAGUGGUCGAUAUCUACAACUGCGUGAGGGAGCUGCGCUCACGGAGGGUCAACAUGGUGCAGACUGAGGAGCAGUAUGUCUUCAUCCACGAUGCCAUCUUGGAGGCGUGUCUCUGUGGCGACACCACCAUCCCCGCCAGUCAGCUGCGCUCCGUCUACUACGACAUGAACCGCCUGGACCCGCAGACCAACUCCAGCCCCAUUAAAGAGGAGUUCAGGACUCUGAAUAUGGUGACGCCCACGCUGCGAGUGGAGGACUGCAGCAUCGCCCUGCUGCCCAGGAACCACGAGAAGAACCGCUGCAUGGACGUCCUUCCUCCAGACCGCUGCCUCCCCUUCCUCAUCACCAUCGAUGGGGAGAGCUCCAAUUACAUCAACGCCGCGCUCAUGGAUAGUUACAAGCAGCCGUCUGCAUUCAUAGUGACCCAGCACCCGUUGCCAAACACAGUGAAGGACUUCUGGAGACUGGUGCUGGAUUACCACUGCACGUCCAUAGUGAUGCUCAACGACGUGGACCCAGCCCAGUACUGGCCAGAAAAUGGAGUCCAUCGCCAUGGACCCAUCCAGGUGGAGUUUGUCUCCGCUGACUUGGAGGAGGACAUCAUCAGCAGAAUAUUUCGGAUCUACAACGCAGCGCGGCCUCAGGACGGAUACCGGAUGGUGCAGCAGUUCCAGUUCCUGGGCUGGCCCAUGUACAGAGACACGCCCAUGUCCAAGCGCUCCUUCCUCAAGCUCAUCCGACAGGUGGACAAGUGGCAGGAGGAGUACGACGGAGGCGAGGGACGCACUGUGGUCCACUGUCUGAACGGAGGCGGUCGCAGUGGGACAUUCUGUGCCAUCAGCAUUGUGUGUGAGAUGCUUCAGCACCAGCGCUCUGUGGAUGUUUUCCACGCUGUCAAAACACUGAGGAACAACAAACCCAACAUGGUGGACCUGCUGGACCAGUACAAGUUCUGCUAUGAAGUGGCGCUGGAGUACUUGAACUCUGGUGAGCCGCCUCUCUCUGGAUCCUUCUUCCUCUCUGCAUCUCUCUCAGCCGCCUGUAGUCCCGUGGUUGUUGCCUUGAUCCUCAUUGGACGAUAAGCGUUAAAUACUCUGUGGAAUGCGAAACACUGUACAUAAUGUUAAUGUGUUGAUUUUAUUCUCUGAUCCUUUUUUGUUUUGUUAUUUUUUGAAGUCAUUUAAAGCAGGAGCUCAAAGCCUAAAUGUUACUAAAUGUCCUGUAAAUCGAUGAUUAUUGCUUCAUACUGUGUGUUGGGGGACAGCUGGCUCAGUCUACAUCUGCUUACCUUAUUUCCUGUACAGGGAUCCAAAGCUUUAUUUGCACUCCCAUUUGAAUUCUCGUUGUGCAUAUUGUACAUAUUUCUGUAGAUUAUUUAUUCACAGUAUGUACUUUUUUUGUGACUCGCAGUAAGUGACAAUCAUAUGUUCUAUAGGUUUGGGUUAUUGACUGUAACGUGUGCUCUCUUUUUUUUUGUUUUUUUUUGGUCAUCUUGUGUGACAGAACAAUUCCAUUGUAAAGAAAAAAGAUAUUAUAUAAAUGUAUCUACAAUAUAAA